CAGAAUCUUUCUGUAUAGAAAAACCCUAAGUAGGUGAUGUUGCGAGCUUUAGCACGGCCUCUCGAACGGUGUUUGGGAAGCAGAGCUAGUGGUGAUGGUUUACUCUGGCAAUCGGAAUUGAGACCUCACGCCGGCGGUGAUUAUUCGAUCGCGGUGGUUCAAGCCAAUUCCAGGCUUGAAGAUCAGAGUCAGGUUUUCACAUCUUCUUCUGCUACUUACGUCGGCGUAUACGAUGGUCAUGGUGGACCUGAAGCUUCUAGAUUCGUUAACAGACAUCUCUUUCCUUAUAUGCACAAAUUUGCAAGAGAACAUGGGGGACUAUCUGUAGAUGUUAUUAAAAAAGCAUUCAAAGAAACUGAAGAGGAGUUUUGUGGUAUGGUUAAACGUUCCCUUCCCACGAAACCGCAAAUGGCUACUGUAGGAUCUUGCUGUCUUGUUGGUGCGAUCUCUAAUGACACACUGUAUGUUGCCAAUCUUGGGGACUCGAGAGCCGUUCUUGGAAGCGUUGUUUCAGGGGAUGAUAGUAAUAAGGGUGCCGUAGCUGAACGGUUGUCUACUGAUCAUAAUGUUGCUGUUGAAGAAGUGAGAAAGGAGGUUAAGGCACUUAACCCUGAUGAUUCACAAAUCGUCAUAUACACACGUGGAGUUUGGCGGAUUAAAGGCAUUAUUCAGGAAUCCGUCACACGGGCUCCUGCAACGUUUCUUCCCCAGUGGAUUUUGUGCUUUUCUAAGAAUUCCCGGGACCCGAUUUUCCAGCGACAUGGAAAUCCCAUUCCUUUGAGGAGACCAGCGAUGACAGCCGAACCCUCCAUUAUAGUAAGGAAGCUUAAGCCACAGGACUUGUUUCUGAUAUUUGCAUCAGAUGGUCUCUGGGAACAUCUUAGUGAUGAAACAGCCGUAGAAAUCGUCCUCAAACACCCAAGAACUGGGAUUGCACGAAGACUUGUAAGGGCAGCUCUAGAAGAAGCGGCAAAGAAGAGAGAAAUGAGAUAUGGAGAUAUAAAGAAAAUAGCCAAAGGAAUUCGACGACAUUUCCAUGACGACAUAAGCGUGGUUGUAGUUUAUCUAGAUCAAAAGAAAACCAGUUCAUCGAAUGGUAAAUUGGUCCAGCAAGGAGGCAUCACCGCUCCACCGGAUAUCUACUCGUUACACUCUGAUGAAGCAGAGCAACGACGAAAAAGCAAAACGAUGAGCGUCACUCUUUCGGUCGCAGACGCCGUUUGGUCGAACAUUGAAUCAACCGGUUCAGUAACCGAAGAACAGCUCUCAAUCUUGCAUUUGUUGUUUGGUAAGAAUCUUGAGAAAGCCACCAGAAUAAUCGACAAGAGAGGUGUUAAGAAAAUCUCUGGCUUACCCAGUGGAAGAUCCAUCUUUCAGGUUGUGGGAGAAUCUCAGAAGAGAGAAGAGUAUCUCUGUUUCCCAGGAGAUUACUGUGGAUGUUAUUCUUUCUUCUAUGAUGUUGUUAGCAGAGGAGAGCACCAAUGUUGUAAACAUCAAUUGGCUGCGAGGUUGGCUUCUUCUUUGGGUACAUACAGCGAAAUCGAGGUUUCAGAUGACCAUCUUGCCUUGAUGCUCUCGAAGAUCUGAAGCUUUCAAUACAAGUACAUGUCUUAGGCUUAUACGUGCCAGUAACCUGGGAAUGAUCUGUGUCUUUGAGAACUAUGGGAAACAAGAUUCUUCACAUGUUUGAUGAACAAUGUUGCUUCAUCUUUUCUGUUUAACUUGUGCUGUUAUAUAUCCAUCAACAAUGGAGUUAUAUGUUUUCUGAUUUGGUCUAAGUGAGGCCAUAGCUUCCUCAAACAUUAGUAAGUACUGAUGAAGGUAAUGUAGAUGAUUUUCUUUAACUCAAAAAAUUGAGCAGCUUCCUCAUGGGGCGAGCCUUGUUUGCCUUGUAAGAGUGUUUUAGGUAGUUGUAAUAUAAGUCUUGAAUUGCA